ACAAAACGAAUGAUAUAAAUCUCUGGCAAAAAUGAUGAUAUAAAUAUUAGCAGCUCUAUUAAAUCAGUCGUAUUCGAGAAAAAUAAUUCAGCGAACUUGAACGAAUAAUUUAUUUAAUACUGAUUCUAAAUUUUAUAACAGAACAGAAUUAUUACUCCGUAAUAUAUACGCAUUUGAAAAACGUUGAGAAAUCUUGUGAAACAAAUAAUAGCGCAAGAAACGAAACGAGCAAUUUGUGAAAGACUUUGCUAGUCAACAAUUGAAGUAUAUUGAAUACUAAUAAGUCGAUAAUAUUAUCAGCAUCAGUAAGACACUCCCAUCAACCAAAAAUGAAUUUAUCAUUUGCUGGAUGCGGAUUUUUAGGCAUUUAUCAUGUAGGUGUAGCAGUAUGUUUUAAAAAAUACGCACCACAUCUAUUGUUGGAGAAAAUUGGAGGAGCUUCCGCUGGCGCACUUUCAGCAUGUUGUUUACUUUGCGAUUUGCCGUUGGUGAUGUCAAGUUGCCUAAAAAUUACAACAAACUGAAAACAAGUGGUACAAAAGGAUAGACAGACAAAAAACUGACCAAAAGUUUAUUAAAUUUGUUUAAAGCCACCCUAAUAUUAACUGAGAAGUUAAGGCGUAUUCCAAUUUAAUAGCCAACACAACUGUUUCACCAGGUUUUAGAAGCUGAUGAUAUACCACAUCCUUCUGAUCCCACCAAACACAGAGCAUUGCCUUUUUACUGAAUCGAACCGUUUUUCCAAUCGAUGUUGAUGGAUUGAUGCAGUUCGACGUCUUUAAACGUUUUUGGUGGUCUUUCCGGUACAAAAUUUGACAUUUUCAACACAAUGAAAAAAAUGAUGUUGCUUGUUCAAUGACUUUAAGGUUAUUGAAUAUGUUUUACAGAUGUCAUGCCAACUAAACAGAAAGUUAAGGCCUGGUAUAUUGAUUUUACGGCUUAAUGGACCAGCUCAAAUAUAUUAAUCUAAUAGAAUUUGUUAUGUUUAAAUAUACAGGGAAGAAAUUUCGCAAAAAUUGGCCUUUCAAAAAGUCGAAUGGCUCAGAACAUAAGAGGAGGAGUUUAAAGGAUUUCUCUAGACAUCCCAAAAUUAAUUAAAGAAAGUGGAAAAUAUGUAAUAGGUUUUCGAAAAAAUUGCAACUGAUAUAACAUUCUUGUGGAAUUUAGUGCGGCAGUCAGUCACGGUGAAAGGUGCCUGGGUUUUAAUGACCUUAUGUUGCGAAGAUGUUACGCCGAUAUCUGGGUCAAAACCUAUUCGACUAAAUAUUAGUUUAACUAUAAUAUUUUUAUAAUUCUAGAUUGAAAUUAUUAUGUUUUUAAUGAAUUAUGUUAGCAGUUUCCCUGCUAUUUUUAUGAACACAACUUUUUACCUAUCUUUGAAAUAUUUUAAUGUAAAUUAUGUUUGGUAGUAUUCGUCUAUAUAUAGGGCGAUCUACUUCGAGAUUUCCUACUUUUUUUACAGAAAAUUCAAAUUUAAUGGAGAAUGUUUAUUAUCAUUCGAAUGAAAAUCUGUUUCAACUGUUGGCCGCGGCUACGUAUCAGAUGAUCCAUCCGUUGAGUCCAAUUUUCGAUGACUCGUUCGAGCAAUUCGACUGGUAACUGGCGAAUGACACGCUUGAUGUUUUGCUCCAUGGUCUGAAUCGAAGCGUGAUUGUCUGCAUAGACUUUCGAUUUCACAUACUCCCACAGACAAAAGUCUAACGAUGUGAUAUCCCACCAUCUUGGUGGCCAAUCGACCGUCCCAAAACGUGAAAUUAUGUACUCACCGAAAGGUUCUCUCAAUAAAUCCAUUGAUUGAUGAGAUGUGUGGGACGUGGCGCUGAAACCAAAUGAGAUCACGAUUUUCAAUUUCAGGUUACGUUUUCCUCGGCAUAAAUUUUGAAGAAAUAUAAACCGAUGAUCACCGGCCAUGAAACCACAUCAAACCAUUGUUUUUUCUCUUCAUGUUGCUCUUCGUUCCGAAUGCGUAAUUGCGAAUUGCUUGUUUACAUAUGUACCCAUUGAGCCAGAAAUGGGCCUCAUCGCUGAACAAAAUUUGGCUCGAAAACGUCGGAUCUUUUUGGAACUUUUCAAGAGCCCAAAGAGCGAAGCGAUGUCUUUCGGGAAGGUCGAGCGGCUUCCGUUCUUACACAAGCUGUAUUUUGUACGCUUUCAAUUUAAGAUAUCGACGUAAAAUGCGCCAGUCGGCGCCGAAUUGACUCUCCACGGCCUUCGUGUACACUCUCAGCUACGACCGCUAUAUUUUCUUUACUGCGUGCUGGACUCGGUCUAUUCGGUCGAAUAUGAUCCAAUAAUGAAUGCAGGGUCUCAAGAUGGAUGAUGGUGUUGCGAAUAGUACACUCAGUAGGCCGAUUAUGUUGACAAUAAGUUGAGCGAAGCGCGCGAAACACAUUCUUUACAGAACGUUAGUUUUUGUAAUAAAGUUGAGCGAUUUGUAUACGUGGUUCAAGCGUAUGUCUUUCUAUGAUGAAAUGCCAAACAAUAAUAACAAGACGGCUUGACUCACGCGUGAUCUGUCAAAAAAAAAGGCUAUUGAAAAAAGUACCUCUACUUGGAUCACCCAUUAGUAGUGUUCAAAAACAAGUUGAGUUAAAUAAGAAUGGUACUUCCCAUUGAAAAACUAACACUUAAUUAACUUAACUAAUUUCUAAAUGAGCACUGCAAUUUUCGUGAACUACAGGCAGCAUGACAUCUGACUUUUUCCGUGUAGUUAACGAAGCUCGCCGUUAUUCUCUCGGACCUUUUAGCCCUUCAUUCAAUAUACAGACUUGCCUAUUUGAGGGCUUACAAAAACAUUUGCCUGAAGAUGCGCACAAACGCGUCAGUGGACGUUUGCAUAUCUCCUUAACACGAGUGCAUGAUGGCAAAAAUGUCAUCGUCUCGGAAUUUGAGUCACGUGACGAGCUUUUACAGGCCCUUUUGUGUGCAUGCUUUAUUCCAGGCUUUUCUGGAAUAUUUCCGCCUCGUUUUCGAGGAGUACGCUAUAUGGAUGGAGCGUUUUCAGACAAUUUGCCAAUACUAGAUGAGAACACAAUAACCGUGAGUCCUUUCUGCGGAGAAAGUGAUAUUUGUCCACGUGAUCAAAGUUCUCAACUUUUCCAUUUGAAUUGGGCAAAUACGAGUAUUGAAAUAUCACGACAGAAUGUGAAUCGUUUUGUUCGUAUACUAUUUCCACCACGUCCAGAAUUUCUUUCGAAAUUCUGUCAGCAGGGUUUCGACGACGCGAUGCAGUUUCUUAAUCGUAAUAAUUUAAUAAACUGUCGCCGUUGUGUGGCGGUACAAUCAACAUUUGUAGUAUCAGAAACCGUGGCACAACCACAGGACUUUGAUCCUGAGUGUAGAGAGUGCAAAAAGCAUAGAAAUGACGCUUUAAGCUCAAACAUGCCACAAACUGUAUUGGAUGUCAUUCAGGAUUAUAUAGAGCAAGCUAAUAAAGGACUGGCGAAUUGGAUAUUCAGACAUCGUGGAAUAAAACUUUUGUCAUUGCCAGCAACAGUGCCCUUAGACUUCUUCAUGGCAACAGUUUCAAAGAUUACUACACUCACACCAAAAUUAGGCAAACACAUUCGCCGCAGGAUAGAAAAUAUUUUAAGAAGGUUAAAUGAAACUGUACAGACCCACAUUCUAAACAAGUUCACGAUCUGUGAACCGCCGCAUUUUGAUACGACAGGCUUACUGCAUUCGAAACGUCUAUACGGACCAAGAGUAUCAAUAUUAGUUGAUGAAUGUGGUGCUCCUUCAAUAGAAGGAGAUGUGGACAACUAUGAACAUGUUCUCAAAGUAACUACUCAUAACGAUGCGCUUUAUGCUUAUUACUAUACCGACGAUCUUACAAAUAAAGUUAAAGUUACCGAAAUAUUUGAAAUUGAUGAAGAAGAAAAACUAGCGGUCGAUCCAAAAUUAUUUGAAGGCAUUGUUGAAGAUCACCCAAACCCUCAUCAGCAUCAUCAUAAUGUAGUUAGUGAAUGGAAUGGAGUAGAGUCUGCUUUUUAUAUUGAUGAAUAUGCGACUAACCAAAUGCCUUUUGAACGAGACAUUAAACGAAAAACUUCGAUAAGCACUGACACUGGAUACUAGAAUGAAAGUGAAUAUGCGAUCAUUAACGACAACGACCUUGCCAAAAAAAUCGAAUAUGAGGUGUUCAGCGCCCAAAAGUUGAUCACUAUUUUGGCACAUAACAUCAAGGAAAUAAUAGAGUUGGAGAAACGGAUUUAUCUAAUGUUUGAUAGCGGCAAACCCGAAAACUUCAAAAGGCAAUUAAGAUGAAUUAUGAGUUAUAUAAAUUAAUUACACUUCCGAUGAUUUUGAUAAACGAGUAUACCAACAAAUGGAAGUAUAUAGUUCUUGCCUUAAGUUAUAAAUUUGACGGAAACUCCUUUAUGGAAGUACAAUUAUUAGCAAAUAGAAAAUAUGAUUUGUAAAUUGGAUCGUUAAAAUCUUUAAAUUUAUCAUAAGUAAUACUAUUAAAUAUAAGAUUUGUAUGUAAGUAAAUAUUUCAAGUCUUUUGUUUAGCGUUUUUAAUUAUUAAAUUCGAAACAACAUGGUAGUCUGUCAAAAAUAAUUAAUGAAAAGUAUUCGUUUUGUAUUUGUAUGCUAUAAUAGGUGAGGGUGUCUAAUGUGCGCAACUAUUGGGACCUGAUGAUUUAUAAUUACUUGCGGAUAUUCGACACAAUAUUGCCUUAAGGAUUAACAAUCGAAACAUCUUAACACUUUGCAUUAAUUACUUUGAAAGUUUACUAUCAGUUUGCUAUUUUGGCUACAAAACCAACUUGAAUUUAAGGAUGAGUAGUUAAGAAAAUGGUAUUAUCCUAGAAAUGUAGUAAUGUGUCCUUAAUUUAAGUACUUCCGAUAUAUAAAUUAUAUUAAGAACAUUUUAAAAGUUACAUAUACAUUCACUUAUGUCUGUUUUCUAAAAAAUAUAUAUAUUUAUUUAUAGGAAUGAGGUAAAAUUUAUCUCUGGCCUAUAUGUUUAAGACAAAUAAAAAUAUAAUAUUUAUAUACUCUAA